ACUCUCAUUGUUGGGCUUCCCCGCUGCAAGAGGAGGAAGUCUGAUUACAAGGGGCUUAACCGCGAUUCAUACAUGCAGACAAGGAGUCAUAAAUAAAGCCUGGAAGUUUCCAUCACUCUCACCAGAAAAGCGUAUUCUCCUACCGUGAUAAAGACUGCAGAAGGACACUCAUCCCCCGAAGGUGAAGGCUGGCUGAGAGACUGUGAUUCAAGCCUAAGCCAUGCUUUGCGAGGGCAGACUGUUGAGCAUGACCUACGGUGAAUUGGAUCUGGAUCCCCUCUGUCCUCAGCAGACUCUCCAGAGUACUUACAGGCUGCCAAGAGCAGCUGCUACCUUCAUACCCGGCCCCACCAGACACACUCCAAUCGCUCAUCAUGUCUCCCCUGAGCAGACAGGUCCUCCAUCGGAAGAGUUGUACAUUUCUCCGCUGCAGUCUUUGGAUUUCAACAGACAGAUCUCUGCAGAGAUUGAGAUCCCCGCUCAGGCUUAUUCAGGUGCCGAUUCUCCAUUUUUGGUUCCCUCUUUCUGUCAGAGCUUCUGCCAAAACUACAGCGACCUCCAUAUUGGGGGUGACCAUGUUUUGCCUCUCUCUGCCAACGAUGGUGAUCCCCGUGUUGGCAAUGAUGCCCAGGCUGUGGGCCCCUUCCUCCAGUCAUGUGACGUCCUCCCAGCUGUGGAGGAAUCUCCCCCAGGAAAGACACCGCAGACUGGACUUCUGCACCCACUUAGAGGAGGCUCAAACCGCUGGAGACAAGGAAGCAACCGUGAUAGGAGUUUCAUGUUCCACGGACGGGAAGGUCCAUUCUCCAACUCUCUUCUGAACCAUUACCUGGAACAGAAAAUCCUGGAUUUAUACCAGCAGUACAUGAUGGAGAAUAUGGCCAGAGAAAAACCUGGCUCAGGUUCUGAAACAGGUCCUGUUUGCCCCUUGCUGGGCUCAGAGCUGGUUUUGACAAGCCUGGACCAGAUCACAUUGCAGCUGAGUCGAGAGGGAAACCUGGAGGCUGGUCUGGCCAAGGACAUGGUCCUGAGCUGCCUGUUGCGGGUGGCGGGUGACAUGCAGUCAAGUGAGAUCAGCACUCCUUUUCUGCAGAUUUCAAAUGAAGCAUCCAGGGAGCAGCUCGGGGAGGAUAAAGAGGAGUAACCCUUGUGUCAAAGCACUUACUCAUCCAAUUCUGCCUUUUAUUUUUAGCUUUAUUACUAUUAAACAAGAGGACCCUGAAAACCACAUUCAUGUAUGUCUAUCUUUUAGAAGCUGUAGUGGAUGACUUUGAAAGAAUGUUCUUUAUGCAUUUAAAGGAAGUUUGUGCAGGAUGUAUGUAUCAUAAUUUUAAAAUGUAGUCAUUCAGGUGAUGGUUGAGCAUAUUCAUGAGUUGGGGUUGUACAGUUUUGAUUCUCUAAAGGACAAUAAACACAGGAAGUGAAAACAGAAA